AUGGCCGCCACCGCCCGCACCCUCGCGGCGUCCGUCUCGCUCGCCGCGCGCCCCGUCGCGGCGCCCCGCCGUGCCGCCGCCCGCGCGCCCGCGAGGUCUGCCUCCGUCGUCGUCAAGGCGGAGGGCGCCACCGCAGAGGCGACCGACGUGUACGAGGUCACCCUUCCCAAGUCCGUCGCGCUUCAGCUCAAGUUUGCGCGCGGCAACGACGGCGGCGCCUACUGCGUCUUCGUCCCCGACGAGACGGAGUUCGACGCCUUCGAGAUCGGCGACAAGAUCCUCGCCGUCUCGGCGUCGUUCGGGGACGAGGUCUGGGACGCCGACUCGUACGGCCAGGUGAUCUACGCCAUCAAGAACCGCAACGGCGACAUCUACCUCAAGAUGAAGAAGAUGAACGGCGACAUCUCCGCGCUCGAGCAGUCCGAGAAGAGCAGCGCCAUGAAGGCGGAGCGCGCGGGCGGCAACUACGGCGCGGGCACCAAGGAGAUGCAGAUGCAGAACUACUCCAAGAAGAAGGAGCUCGAGGUUCAGCGACUCGACAUGUUCGACGAGGCCAUCGCGCUCUACAACAAGAAGGACUACGACAACGCCCUGAUCAUCUUCGAGGAAGUGGCCGCGCUCGAGCCCAAGAACUUCAUGAGCGAUAACUUCCAGACCGCCACCGAGGUGUACAAGGUGACCAUGUACAACAUCGCGUGCUGCUUCUCCAAGCUCGGCCAGCUCGAUAACUCCCUCCAGGCGCUGAAGAAGUGCAUGGGCGCCGGGUGGACCGACUACAAGAAGAUCCGCACCGACCCUUCCCUGGCCGAGGUGCGGACGUCACCCAACUUCAAGGCGAUGAUCGACAAGUUCGACGAGCCGCUCAUCAACGAAAACGCCAUCAAGUUCAUGAAGGGAAUCUUCGGCGGCGGCAAGUGAGUCGUCGCGCCGUGUUGGACGUAAGGUAGGGAAACUAAUUAGCGAGGGUGGGGGAAUACAAUAAAAUCGCACGCGUUUAUCA